AUGCCUCGCCAAUCUCACUGUCAACAACUGCUCAAUGAAAUAGAUACUGCUACUCUAGAUGUAGCCAGAGCCUGGGCUGAACAUAUCCAGGCAGAUGGUGAAGUCUCUGAGUCUGAUUCUUCAUCCUCUGAGGACUCUGUCAUCAGGACACCAUCACCACCCUCCCCUAUGUCCCCUAUGUCCCCUAUGUCCCUCUACAUGUCUGACUCUUCUGAUGACUCCAACAUGUCAGAGUCCAUCAAAAUUCAUCAGCAUUUCCUCCAUAUAAUGGGCUCCCUUGCUGCUCUUCAGGAAGAGGUGGAGGAAACACAUUGUAGAAGAGGAAUGGGAAGUGGGGUUAUAUGA